GUCCUAGUUCACCUGCUAGCGUCAAGAUCCUACAAGAUGAGCUACAUCGCCCGCCGCGGUCUCUCGACCUUGAUCCCUCCCAAGAUCGCUUCCCCCAACGCGAUCGGUGCUGCCAAGGAUGCUGCCCGCAUGGACCGUGUCGUGAACUUCUACGCCAGACUCCCCCGUGGUGCUGCCCCUGAAGUUAAGCCUACCGGUAUCAUCGGCCGCUACCAGGCUCGCUACUUCGGAAAGAACCCCUCCGCUGCUCCCCUCGCCCACGCCAUCGGUACCAUCCUGAUCCUGGGCUACAGCAUGGAGUACUACUUCCACCUCCGCCACCACAAGAACCACCCCCACUAA